AUGGUAAAGGAGUGGGGAAGCAAAACAAGUGAGUGUUGGUUAUGUUUCGAUAAGGUGACAGGUCUCGUUCUCGAUGGGUCUGGUCUCCUCAAUGGGAAUGGAGGAAACUGGUGGCCUUCUGUUGAGUGUUCCUCCCGGCCAGUGGCAGUGAAAUUUUCGGGAUGCGAAGACAUCACAUAUAAUGGAUUAACUCAAAAGGACAGUCCAAGAAGUCACAUUUCAGUUUUUAGUAGCACGAAUGUAACAUUCUCAAAUAUUCAUCUAAUCGCACCCGAAAAUAGUCCAAACACCGAUGGCAUUGAUAUAUCUCUUUCACACAAUAUCCAUAUUUUCAGCUCGUCAAUCACAACCGGUGAUGACUGCGUUGCGAUUAAAGGUGGUUCAUACGAUAUCAACAUAACUGAUGUGGCAUGUGGCCCCGGUCAUGGCAUAAGUAUCGGAAGUUUGGGGAAAGGAGGAGCAAUUGACACAGUACAAAACGUGAAUGUAAGACACUGCAGCUUCAAAGGAACUCAGAAUGGUGCAAGAAUCAAGACUUGGCCUGGAGGAAGAGGGUUUGUCAAAAAUAUUGUAUACGAGAAUAUUACGCUGAUAAAUGCCCAAUUCCCCAUCAUCAUCGAUCAACAAUACAGUAUUGGUGCUAGUUACUUUAAUCCAACGGCCACAACGAAUGCUGUGAAAGUGAGCGACGUGACAUUUAAAUAUUUCAGAGGAACAUGUGCAGAUGCUACUGCAAUAAAACUAGAUUGUGAUAAGAAUUUACGUUGUGGUAACAUCGUGAUGGAACACAUCAAUAUCACUUCUUCAUCUCCGAAAACGCCUCUCACCGUAUUUUGCCAGUUCGCGGAUGUUAUUAGUCAAUUUGUCUCCAUUGAUAUCAAAUGUGGUUCUCAUGAAGACCCUCAAGCUCCAUCACCGGCACCGAUUGCUCCACCUCCUUCUUUAUACAUAUGA